UCGUUCUCCCAGCUCUUUCUGCGGCCGCGGGAGUGCGGGGGAGACUUCAUUAUUACUGUGACGCUGAAGGCCCGGGAGGCCUGAGCUGCCUGAGGGCUACGGCCGCGGGGUCGGCGCUGCGGAACCGGGUGCGGGUGCGGGUGCGGGCGGGGCGACGAUCUCAGGGCACCGAGCCCGCCGCACCCGCGGGGGAAGGGGGCUGGGCUGUCCGCAGCUCCCUGUCACGGAGGUGCCUCCCGCCUGUGCUCCCCCGUGGGCGGCGGGUGACCUCCCUGCGUGAAGAGCUUCGCAGCGCGGCGGCAGGGGAAUUCGCGUUGCGGCUGGUCGCCAGCUCCUCCCACCCAGCUGGCGGGCGGGGCUCGGGGAUCCGGUGUCUGGUGCAGACGCUGCUGCGGCCGAGCUGACUGCUGGACCUUGGAGCAGGCUAUAUGAGACCCUGAAGAAUAAGAACAAUGCUAUGUUGGGGGUAUUGGUCUCUGGGCCAACCAGGCAUCAGCUCCAACCUGCAAGGAAUUGUGGCUGAGCCUCAGGUAUGCCGCUUUGUAUCGGACAGAAGCAUCAAAGAAGUGGCAUGCGGAGGAAACCACUCGGUGUUCCUGCUGGAGGAUGGGGAGGUUUAUACCUGUGGAGUAAACACCAAGGGACAGCUUGGCCAUGAGAGGGAAGGUAACAAGCCAGAACAAAUUGGAGCAUUGGCUGAUCAGCAUAUCAUACAUGUGGCAUGUGGCGAGUCACACAGUCUGGCUCUCAGUGACCGGGGCCAGCUGUUUUCUUGGGGUGCAGGCAGUGAUGGCCAACUGGGCCUUAUGACUACUGAGGAUUCCGUGGCAGUGCCCAGGCUAAUACAGAAGCUGAACCAGCAGACCAUAUUACAAGUUUCCUGUGGCAACUGGCACUGCUUGGCUCUGGCAGCUGAUGGCCAGUUCUUCACUUGGGGAAAGAACAGCCAUGGACAGCUGGGCCUGGGGAAGGAGUUCCCCUCCCAAACCAGCCCACAGAGGGUGAGGUCUUUGGAAGGGAUCCCGCUGGCUCAGGUGGCUGCAGGAGGGGCUCAUAGCUUUGCCCUGUCUCUCUCGGGAGCUGUUUUUGGCUGGGGAAUGAAUAAUGCAGGGCAGCUAGGACUCAGUGAUGAAAAAGAUCGAGAGUCUCCGUGCCAUGUGAAGCUUUUACGAACACAGAAAGUCGUCUAUAUUAGUUGUGGAGAGGAGCACACAGCAGUUCUCACGAAGAGUGGGGGCGUGUUUACCUUUGGUGCUGGCUCCUGUGGACAGCUUGGCCACGACUCCGUGAAUGAUGAAGUUAAUCCGAGAAGAGUCCUGGAGCUGAUGGGCAGUGAGGUCACUCAGAUUGCGUGUGGCAGACAGCACACUCUAGCCCUUGUGCCUUCUUCUGGACUCAUCUAUGCAUUUGGUUGUGGAGCUAAAGGUCAGCUGGGAACCGGACAUACAUGUAAUGUCAAGUGCCCAUCUCCUGUGAAGGGUCACUGGGCUGCCCACAGCGGUCAGCUUUCAGCUCGAGCUGAUCGCUUGAAGUACCGUGUCGUUAAACAGAUCUUCUCUGGAGGGGACCAGACUUUUGUGCUUUGCUCCACGUAUGAGAAUUCUUCUCCUGCUGUUGACUUCAGAACUGUGAACCAAACACAUUAUACCCACUUAAUAAAUGAUGAAACCAUAGCAGUUUGGAGACAAAAACUCUCAGAACACAACAACGCAAAUACCGUCAAUGGUGUUGUUCAGAUACUGUCUUCUGCAGCUUGUUGGAAUGGAAGCUUUCUGGAAAAAAAAAUUGAUGAACAUUUUAAAACCAGCCCCAAAAUCCCUGGGAUUGACCUGAACUCCACUAGGAUUCUAUUUGAGAAGUUAAUGCACUCUCAGCACUCCAUGAUUCUAGAACAGAUAUUAAACAGCUUUGAAAGUUGCCUCAUUCCACAGUUGUCAAGUUCACCCCCAGAUGUGGAAGCAAUGAGAAUCUAUUUGAUACUGCCGGAGUUUCCGCUGCUUCAGGAUUCUAAGUAUUACAUAACGCUGACCAUUCCCCUGGCGAUGGCCAUUCUGCGGCUGGAAACAAACCCUAGCAAAGUAUUAGAUAACUGGUGGUCUCAGGCCUGCCCAAAAUACUUCAUGAAGCUGGUAACCCUCUAUAAAGGUGCCGUCCUUUACCUCCUAAGGGGAAGGAAGACAUUCCUAAUCCCAGUAGUGUUUAACAAUUACAUGACUGCAACCCUCAAGCUUCUGGAGAAGUUGUACAAGGUAAAUCUUAAGGUGAAGCACGUGGAAUACGAUAAAUUUUAUAUCCCUGAGAUUUCUAGUCUUGUGGAUAUUCAGGAAGACUACCUCAUGUGGUUUUUGCAUCAAUCUGGGAUGAAGGCUAGACCAUCCAUCAUGCAGGAUACUGUAACCCUUUGUUCCUAUCCUUUCAUCUUUGAUGCCCAAGCCAAGACCAAGAUGCUGCAGACUGAUGCCGAGUUACAGAUGCAGGUGGCAGUCAAUGGAGCCAACCUGCAGAAUGUCUUCAUGCUUCUUACCCUGGAGCCUCUGCUGGCCAGAAGCCCCUUCCUGGUCCUUCACGUCCGCAGGAACCACCUUGUUGGAGAUGCCCUGAGAGAGCUGAGCAUUCACUCUGACAUUGACUUAAAGAAGCCUCUCAAAGUAAUCUUUGAUGGGGAAGAAGGAGUAGAUGCUGGUGGUGUUACGAAGGAGUUCUUUCUUUUGCUGUUAAAAGAACUUUUGAAUCCCAUUUAUGGGAUGUUUACCUACUAUCAAGAUUCAAAUCUCUUGUGGUUUUCAGAUACAUGUUUUGUAGAGCACAACUGGUUUCACUUGAUUGGCAUAACCUGUGGAUUAGCUAUCUACAACUCCACUGUGGUUGACCUCCAUUUCCCAUUGGCUCUCUACAAGAAGUUGCUGAAUGUAAAGCCUAGCUUGGAAGACUUGAAGGAACUGUCACCAACUGAAGGAAGGAGUCUUCAAGAACUUUUAGAUUACCCUGGCGAAGACAUUGAGGAGACCUUUUGCCUCAACUUCACGGUGUGCCGAGAAAGCUAUGGGGUGGUAGAACAGAAGAAGUUGAUACCCGGGGGAGACAGAGUGGCCGUGUGCAAAGACAACAGACAAGAAUUUGUGGAUGCUUAUGUGAAUUACGUCUUCCAAAUUUCGGUUCAUGAGUGGUACACAGCCUUUUCCAGUGGCUUCCUAAAGGUGUGUGGUGGCAAAGUCCUCGAGCUUUUCCAGCCUGCAGAACUGAGGGCCAUGAUGGUGGGGAACAGCAACUACAACUGGGAAGAGCUGGAAGAGACUGCUGUCUACAAGGGUGAUUAUUCAAGCACACAUCCCACUGUGAAACUAUUCUGGGAAACAUUCCAUGAGUUCCCAUUAGAGAAGAAGAAGAAGUUUCUCUUGUUCCUGACAGGCAGUGACCGGAUUCCCAUCUAUGGCAUGUCCAGUCUGCAGAUCGUCAUCCAGUCCACAGCCACUGGGGAGGAGUACUUACCUGUGGCUCAUACCUGCUACAACCUUCUUGACCUUCCUAAAUAUAGCAGCAAAGAGAUCAUGAAGGCUCGACUGACCCAGGCCCUCGACAACUAUGAGGGUUUUAGCUUGGCCUGAGGCACUCCAACUUACCCAAGACAUCCAUCCCUUCCUUCUUCGGUGGCCACAUUGAGGCUGAUAUAAAAUAUCAUGGGAAGUGAUUUCUAUUUUUUUAUUGUUUAAGUGGUUUGAGACUUUUGAAUCCUAAACCUUAGUCAAGGUGUUUCUGGGGUUCAAUAGUAAAUAGUCUUUUUGAAAAAUCAGUGGUUGGGGAUGAGCCA